AUGCAUCGGAGCGUGGUGCAUGGCGUGCACGACUUCAAGAUCCCAAACUUCAACGCCGUUCAGAGGAGCCAUGGCGUUAGCCAAGCAACAACAUCUGCCACUUUCAAGGUCGGUGGCCACGACUGGAGGAUACGGUUGUACCCAUCGGGGAAUGCCACGGUGGAGGGCGACGACGAGUACGUCUCCGUCUUCCUCCAGCUGGUGUCGAACCUUCCUGCAGGAACCACCUGCGUGAAGACGUCCGUCCGCUUCAUGAUCGGAGACCCCAGCGGGACGUCGUUGUUGAAGGUGUCUGGCUGUUCACACAACCAUACUAGCGAAUCUAGGUCAUGGGGUUACGAGAAGCUCAUCUCCUUAAAAGAUGCCAAAUCAAAGUACGUGGUACAUGAUGGAUCCUUAACCGUACGCUGCGAAGUCGAUCUCACUAAGGAGCCGGAGCCCUACACUAGCCGGGCUAGCGCCGUCGUCGGUGCUGGAGUCAGUGUCACAGUGCCGCCCUCCGAAAUCUCCACGCAACUCGAGCAGCUGCUGGCAAGCGAGAAUGGCUCGGACCUGAGCUUCCUAGUCGAGGAAGAAAACGAGAUCCGCGCGCACAAGCUCGUCAUCGCCGCGCGGGCACCAGCCUUGCACGAAGCGGUGGUGGCCACCAACAACAAGCAGGAGGAUGAUCACGCCGCCGAAGUGGUACGGGUCGACGACAUGAAGGCUGCGGUCUUCAAGGCCGUGCUCCAUUUUAUCUACACCGACGAGCUCCUUCCUGGAGAUGGCACCAGGUUGCUGGCUGGGGACAUGCUCACCGCGGCGUGCCGGUUUGGGCUGACCAGAAUGAAGGCCAUGUGUGAGAACUUGUUGUGCGAGUCCUUGACAAAAGAUAACGUGUUAGCCACUGCGAAGCUGGCGCGCCGUCACCAUUGCAAGGGGCUUGAGGAUUACUGCAUCGAUUUCGCCUCCACCCCGGACGUGGCCAAGGAGCUGCUGAAAACUUUCAUCAGCUCCGACGACUAG